AUGCGUCGAGAGUGGAGAAUAAAAAAUGCUGAACGUCGCGGGUUUGAUCUCCAUCAUCGUCUUUUACAUUCUCAUCCUGCUGGUCGGGAUAUGGGCGGGGAGGAAGAAAAACAAGGAGGGAGAUUCCGAGGAGGAACGACCUGGGUUGGAGGAGGUUACAUCAACGGGACGGCAGAGGCCGUCUACACGCAAGGCAUCCUCUGGUGCCAGGCUCCCUUCGGCUACGGCAUCAGCCUCGCCCUCGGUGGGGCGCUGUUCGCGACCAAGAUGAGGGAGGCGGGCUACGUCACGAUGCUGGACCCGUUCCAGCGGACCUUCGGCGAGCGGAUGGGCGGACUCCUCUUCAUCCCCGCCCUGUGCGGAGAAACCUUCUGGUCCGCCGCCAUCUUGGCCGCUCUCGGGACGGCGCUUAGCGUGAUCAUCGACUUGGACAACACGACGUCCGUGAUCUGGCUGUGCAUCCCGUUCGCGUGGAUGCACGAGGCCGUGGGGGACCCGGCGAGCCAGGAUUGGAUCGGGACGGUGGACACCAAAUUCAUUGGGGUCUACAUCGACAGUGGGCUCCUCCUCAUCUUUGGGGGCAUUCCGUGGCAGGUCUACUUCCAAAGGGUGCUCUCCAGCAGGACGGCAUCCAACGCGAAAAUGCUGUCGUACGUGGCAGCGGUCGGCUGCAUCCUGAUGGCCAUUCCGCCCGUCCUCGUCGGCGGACUCGCCAAAGUCGCCGGUGAGGCCCCCGACCUCCUCCACCGCAUCGAAGGCGGGACGACCGCCUGGACGUUUCUCUUUUUCGAACCGGCAGACUGGAACGCGACGGGGUACGAAGACGCCGGGGACGACGGGAGGCUGCUGCCCGAGAACACGAAGAUGGUGCUGCCGCUGGUCCUGCAGCACCUGACGCCCGCGUGGGUCUCGUUCUUCGGGCUGGGUGCCGUGAGCGCGGCGGUCAUGUCCAGCGCGGAUUCUUCCAUUCUCAGUGCCAGCUCCAUGUUCGCUCGCAACGUCUAUAAACUCGUCUUCAGGUCCAAAGCAUCGGAGAAAGAGAUCAUGUGGGUGAUGCGGAUAGCAAUAUUCGCGGUGGGCGGCCUUGCCACCGUCAUGGCCCUCACGGUCUCCAGCAUUUACAGCCUCUGGUACCUCUGCUCGGACCUCGUCUACGUCGUGCUCUUCCCCCAACUCCUGAUGGUCGUCCACUUCCGACGACACUGCAACACCUACGGGAGCCUGUCGGCCUACGUCCUCGGCCUGUUCUUCCGACUCAGCGGGGGAGAGCCCGUGCUCCACCUCGAGCCCUGGAUCCAUUACAUGUACGACGAAGAGACGGAGACCCAACUCUUCCCGUUUCGGACCAUGAGCAUGCUCAUCUCUCUGGUCGCCCUCGUGGUCGUCUCGGCACUGUCCAAGUACCUUUUCGAGUCCGGGGUUUUUCCGCCUCAUUGGGAUAUCUUCAGAUGCAUCGUGGACAUACCCGAGGGUACCGCGCCCAAGGAGCAGGAACCGGCAGAGGGAGACGAGAAAACCGAGCGAGGUCACUGGACGGAUGGAAAGCACGGGGAGACCAACAGCGCGUUCGAAUUAGGGAGCCGAGACAUUCAUGGGAAUUAAGGACGGAUGGGGGGAAUGCGUCUUGCUUCCGAAGAUGAACUCAUCAAGUAAUUUAAUUGAAGCCUCUUCUCAAUUUCUUUAUUUAUUGCUUUCCAUACCCCCCCCCAGGGUUCAGGAAAUUUCGUUUUUUAUCAGUACACCAACCGUAUGAGUUGUCGUUCCAGGGUUUGCGAUCUGACGCAGAAAGCUAAAGGAAAUUAGUUGCUCGUGUCGGCGAGUGGGACUUAUCUAUGAGGAAAGAGAUGGUAUCGAAUCAUCGAAACGUGCUGGCGAAUAUGCAUAAUUUAAAAGGUCAGAU